AUGGGAGUUGAUGGAAGGAGAGGUGAAUCUGGAAGACGUGGUGAACCUGGUACGGUAUUCUCAAACUUCCAAAGUUCUCAAGGACCACCAGGAGAGCCCGGCGACCCGGGUAGACCAGGUUAGUUUUGUUUUUCACUGACCACUAAGGACCACCAGAGAUCAUUACACUUUAAGCGUUGUUUUUCCCGUCCGUUCACAUUUGAACUUUUUUUUGAAAAGUUCACACAAAUAGAAUAGGGUUUUGAUGAUCAUUCUCUCGCAAUUCUCCGGAAAAACAAAUUCAAACCUCUUUAGGCAAACCGGGUCCUCCUGGAAUUGACGGAAAGAAUGGAAGAGAUGGAUACGUGAUGAAACCGGAUAGAAUCAUCAAAGGACGACCAGGACCACCGGGACCAAUGGGUGAGAGACCAAAUCUCAGUUUAUAGCUGGUAAAUUGGUGUAUUCAGGACCAGCUGGACGACGUGGAUCACCUGGAGAGCCCGGUUUACCCGGACCGAUGGGUCCUCCUGGGUUCCGAGGAGAAAAUGGGAGAAGAGGAGCUCCCGGGGAGCCCGGAAGACUUGGAAGAGGUGGAAAAGUUGGAGGAGACGCGUCAUACUGUCCUUGCCCGGCCCGUUCUUUUGUUUUGGGCAAUUUUAAGAACUAA